GCAAGCGACAUCAUCAACAGCAAACAUGGCUCCCGUGUCGUUUUGGUGCUGCGUGUUCGCCGUUUCGUUAUUUGCCUGCCUGGGCGAGCAGGUGGACGAAAUUGUCGUAACACCUCUCGAAACUAGCGGGAACGAGCCAUUCCCUGAACCCGAACUCCCAACUCUCCCCACAGGAUCUGAUGAUGCCGCGCAGAGCGAGGCGCAAGCGAACACCACAGCCGACGACGGCGCCAGCUCGAACGCCACGGAAACCGCCGGCGCUAAGAACGCCUCUUCGGCAAAUCCGAUCCGCUGCCUCCCCAGCAACGUGACGAGGAACGAAGACGAAGAAUACAACACGCUGCAGCUCAUCAACGGCACGGCUUUGCUGCAGGAGCUGUCGCCAGCGCCGAACAAGACCAACUCGACCGGCGGCCGCUGCAUCGUGGUGACUUUCUACUCCCCGUACUGCAAUUUCUGCGCCGGCGCCGCGCCCUACGUCAACGCCCUGCCCGCCGCCUUUCCCGACCUCGAGUUUUACGCCGUUGACGUCGUCAAAUCGAGCCACAUAAACAUGCGCUACGGGCUAGUCGCAGUUCCCAGCAUACUCCUCUUUCACAACGGUCGCGCCGUGGCAAAGUUCAACGAUACGUUGGUCACGAUGCAAGGUUUGGUGUCGUUCGUCACCAGGCACACGGGAAUGCAGGCUACUCGGCCGCUGGACCCGGAUUACAGCGGCCCGCUAGCCGAUAAGCCUUUAGAGUACACCGACUGGGUGCUGGUUUCGGCCUGGCUGUUCACCGUGGUCUGUGCCGUGGGCGCCUUCCUGCGCUCUAGCCUGUGCAAGAGAAUGGUUGCCAGCGUACAGAAUGCCUGGCGUGAGGCUCAGCAUCAGCAUCAAGACUGAGGAUUGCGCUUAAAACUGUGGACGUAAGCGCUAAGGCAGUCGAUUUCGCAAGAUGGUUUUUGGUCCGAUAACAGCUUGCGAAAAUCGCCUUUCUCUGACACAUCGUCAUAGGUUCUGUCGUCGUGGAUCUCUAUAAUGGACGGGAUUCAUAACAGUUGUUCGUACAGCAACUGUGGUUUGAAGUCAGCCGUUACGUCAAGUGGACUUUGCCGACAGUGACCAUUCUGUGAUUUCAAGACGGUAUCGCACUAAGAGGGCAUUUGUCAAGAAAAUGGUGCGUCUUUGUAGCCGAUGCUGACAAGUUGCAACAACGAAGAGCUGUGCUCUUUUGGCAUCUGUUACGACGACCUCUGUGGCAUAGACUCGCAAGCCAAUGGAGGAUGACCAUGAAACACGUGGCGGGUUUAGGUGUAUUAUGUGAUGUGUACAUAAGCCGUAUACUUUUAUGUGUCAAGUGGACUCUUCACAAAUAUACUUGUCUUGGUUAUAGACCUAUAUAAACGCGGCAGCACCAUGUUUGACCAUUGCGUUUGCAUUUUGCUGGAGGAGUUUCGGUGAUGUCCAGACAGGAUAUCCAAUGCUGACACAAUUGAAAAAUGUUU